UUAACUCACUCCGCAUGUGGUUUAGGGUCUAAUUAGAUAGUGUGGUGCGCGCUUGGUGCUUGGCGUUGGCUCUUUACACAAUAAAUGGAAAACUUUCGUUGACCAAAGUUCAUUUUUGAUUUAUACGGAGACAGUAGUUAUUGUUAUUUUUAGUAGUCACCGGGCCUGCGAAAUUGGAUUUCAGUUUGGUUACGUUAAAGAAGGCCAAAAAUGAACGCUUUGGUUCCCGAUGUAGUGGAUGAGGCGCCACCGAAGGACAAGCUGAAGGUCACCUAUGCAGCAGAUCUGUCUGUCAAGGAGGGCAACGAGCUGACGCCCUUGCAGGUCAAAGAUGAGCCCCAAGUCUCGUGGGACACGCCAGAGGGCGAAGAGGAGCAGCUGUACACGCUGCUAAUGGUCGAUCCCGAUGCACCCAGUCGUAAGGAGCCCAAGUUCCGGGAAAUCUUGCACUGGGCCGUUGUCAACAUACCCGGCAAUCAGCUGAGCAAGGGUCAAACUCUGGCGGAAUACAUUGGCUCCGGCCCGCCAGAGGGCACCGGCCUGCAUCGCUAUAUAUUUCUGCUCUAUCGCCAGAGCCAGAGGAUUGAGGAGACGCUGCACAUAGAUAAGCGCACUCGCGAAGGUCGCUUCAACUUCAGUGCCCGAACCUUUGCUGGCAAACAUGGCCUGGGCAAGCCCAUAGCUGGCUGCUUCUACGAGGCGCAGUAUGAUGACUAUGUGCCCAUACGGAACAAGGAUUUCGCUGGCUGAGCAGGUGUUCAAAGUUUGCCGUUGUAGUCAUCCUUGUCAAUAAAUUGAAGCAUUGAGUGCACUUAUCGCCGCUGCUAUCAGCUGGCCAAGUCAGUCGACUCG